GAUGCUGUGUCUGGUCUCUGUGAGUCUCUGUGCUCUUGACUCUAUAAGCGCAGUGAUCCAGGCUGUUCUGUGAUGACAGAUGAAGCAGGGGGAGGAGACGCGCAGCUCACACACACACACACACACACACCUGACGGAGGAUUGAUUCUUCAGCUGUGUUCAGCAUGUUUGUCAUGAUCAAAAACUGGCUGCUUGGAGCCACAGAAGAGAGCGAGUAUAAACUGCUGAGCACCGAAUGCAAGGAUGGGGUGAGUUAUGAGGUGCGCCGCUAUGAUGCAUGUAAGCAUGUGUGUGUGAGUCUGGAGGGGCGGAGCUUUGAUCAGGUGUCAGGUGAUCUUCAGCGGAAGCUUCUCGACUACAUGAGCGGUGACAACGAACAAGGUGAGGUGAUGAACACGCCCGUCCCCAUCAUCUUCACCGUGUUUCCGCGUGACGACGGCUCGUUAAACCGCCGCCUGGUCGCUGCUCUGCGCAUCCCAUUAGCCUUCCAGAUCGCCCCCCCCACCCCAACCGACUCGUCCAUUCGCAUCGAGGAGCGGCCCGGCAUGACCGUAUACGUCCUGCGGUUCGGUGGUUUCGCAGGCGAGAGCGAGUUUCGUGCAGAAGCGUCACGACUGACGUGUACGCUGGGAGACUCUGCCCCCUUCCAGCGCAAACAGUACCUGUGCUGCAUCUACGACCCUCCGAUCAAACCGUACGGCCGGCGCAAUGAGGUGUGGUUCCUGCAGGACGAGCCCUGAGACACGGAUCACGGAUCGUAACGGAUAGUGUGUGUGGCUAAAAUUACCCAUAAUCCCUUUGUGACGUGUUGAGUUCUAGUGGAGUGCAGAGGAAUGUAGCGAUUUGUAUGUUUAAGGCUGCCACUUAUUUCAUCUUAUCGUACGCAAACAGCUGCUUGACAUUGUAAACUGAUAUUUGUUGUUUGAGUACACACUGGUUUAUAGCGCAGACAGUUUUACCCUUUACCACACUUUGUUGUUUUCCUGUAGCAGGUAAUGAAUCUGAAGUCUCACUCUCCAGCUCGCUGUAAUCUACCAGUCAAAAGAUUUUUUUGAAUGUUUUUUUAAAGAAGUCUCUUCUGCUCACGAAAGCCUGCAUUUAUUUGAUCCAAAAUACAGCAAAAGUAGUGAAAUUUUGAA